GGCGAUACCAUAGGUGAAGGCUGAAGGCGGGCCGGGCCACCUUUACCCCGCUCGGUCCAGUCGCUCACCUUAUCCUCUAAACUCCAAACUCUUCUGCUUUCCCUCCACAAAUUGAUCCCCAAACCUUGCAAGCAACGGCCGGAGAAGGAUAAAAAAUGGGCAACAAGAAAAUUUGAGUUUCGGGCCGUUUAAGCAAGUACCUCUCCAAAUCUCUGCAACUCUUGUUCCCGUUCAAUCUGUGUUUAUUCAUUUCUUAAUUCCCACAAAAAAUAAUGGCGGCGUCUCCAUUCCCGGCUCAUGCUGUCAAGAACUGUCCAUCUGCUUCAGUUUUUUCUUCCAAAUUUCUACUUAGCCACUGCAAUUACCAUCCUAAAUCCGAAUUGGGUACCUCUUUUUUCGGAAGAGAGCCACGCCCGACGUGCGAUUUCGGCGUCAAAACCUCUAAAGUUGGUGGUUUUAGAGAGCGUCGAUUGCGUCCGAUGGCGUCGUUGGGAGGUCUGCUCGGUCGCCUAUUUAAGGGGACCGAUACUGGGGAGGCUACAAGACAGCAGUAUGCUGGAACUGUUAAUUUAAUUAAUGGGUUGGAAGCGGAGAUAUCAGCGUUAUCUGAUUCGGAAUUGAGAGAGAGAACUUCGAUUCUAAAAGAACGAGCCCGCCAGGGUGAUUCUUUGGAUUCACUGCUGCCCGAAGCAUUUGCUGUUGUGAGAGAGGCUUCAAAAAGGGUUCUGGGUCUUCGUCCUUUUGAUGUACAACUGAUAGGUGGCAUGGUUCUUCAUAAAGGAGAAAUAGCUGAAAUGAGAACUGGAGAAGGAAAGACACUUGUUGCUAUCUUACCAGCUUAUUUGAAUGCAUUAACCGGGAAAGGAGUUCAUGUUGUUACAGUUAAUGAUUAUCUUGCCCGGCGUGAUUGCGAGUGGGUUGGUCAAGUUCCACGAUUUCUUGGACUGCAGGUUGGCCUAAUCCAACAAAAUAUGUCAAGUGAACAAAGGAGAGAGAACUACUUAUGUGACAUAACAUAUGUCACCAACAGUGAGCUUGGCUUUGAUUACCUGAGAGACAAUCUUGCCACGAGUGUUGAUGAACUUGUCUUGAGGGGUUUCAAUUAUUGUGUGAUUGAUGAAGUUGAUUCCAUCCUUAUUGAUGAGGCAAGGACUCCUCUCAUCAUCUCAGGACCUGCUGAGAAACCUAGUGAUCGGUACUACAAAGCUGCAAAAAUAGCUGCAGCCUUUGAGCGAGAUAUUCAUUAUACUGUUGAUGAGAAGCAGAAAACCGUUCUGCUCACAGAACAGGGUUACGAGGAUGCAGAAGAAAUCUUGGAUGUAAAAGAUCUAUAUGAUCCUCGAGAACAAUGGGCAUCGUAUGUUUUGAAUGCGAUAAAAGCAAACGAACUCUUUCUAAGAGAUGUAAACUACAUUGUCCGUGGCAAAGAAGUUCUUAUUGUAGAUGAGUUCACUGGUCGAGUAAUGCAGGGAAGACGAUGGAGUGAUGGACUUCACCAGGCAGUUGAAGCAAAAGAAGGUCUUCCCAUUCAAAAUGAAACUGUUACACUGGCAUCAAUUAGCUACCAAAAUUUCUUUCUCCAGUUCCCAAAACUUUGUGGUAUGACUGGCACUGCAGCAACUGAAAGCACAGAAUUUGAGAGUAUAUACAAGCUUAAAGUCACAAUUGUGCCCACAAAUAAGCCUAUGAUAAGAAAGGAUGAGUCAGAUGUAGUUUUCAGGGCAACCACUGGAAAGUGGCGGGCAGUUGUGGUUGAAGUUUCUAGAAUGCACAAGACAGGCCGACCUGUGCUUGUGGGCACAACUAGUGUUGAACAGAGUGAUGCAUUGUCAGAACAGUUGUGUGAAUCUGGGAUUCCCCAUGAGGUUCUCAAUGCAAAACCAGAGAAUGUUGAAAGGGAAGCAGAAAUCAUUGCACAAAGUGGUCGUCUAGGGGCAGUAACAAUUGCUACAAAUAUGGCAGGUCGUGGAACAGAUAUAAUCCUUGGAGGUAAUGCAGAAUUUAUGGCCAAGUUAAAGCUACGGGAGAUGCUUAUGCCAAGAGUUGUUAAGCCAACAGAAGGAGUCUUUGUAUCUGUGAAGAAACCACCUCCAAAAAAGAAUUGGAAGGUCAAUGAAAGUUUAUUUCCAUGUCAACUGUCCAGGGAGAAGAUUGCAUUGGCUGAGGAAGCUGUAGAUUUAUCUGUCAAAACAUGGGGCCAAAGAUCACUGACCGAACUUGAAGCAGAAGAACGUCUCUCGUAUUCAUGUGAGAAGGGGCCAACUCGAGAUGACGUCAUAGCAAAAUUGCGUAGUGCCUUUGUAGAAAUUGUUGAAGAAUAUAAAAUAUAUACUGAGGAGGAGAAAAAGAAGGUUAUAUUAGCGGGUGGACUUCAUGUAGUGGGGACAGAACGCCAUGAAUCACGGCGAAUUGACAAUCAGCUGCGUGGUCGGAGUGGUAGGCAGGGGGAUCCUGGAAGCUCUCGAUUCUUCCUUAGUCUUGAAGAUAAUAUAUUUCGAGUAUUUGGUGGAGACAGAAUUCAGGGUUUGAUGAGAGCCUUCAGAGUUGAAGAUCUACCAAUUGAAUCUAAAAUGCUGACAAAAGCACUAGAUGAAGCUCAAAGGAAGGUGGAAAAUUAUUUCUUUGAUAUUAGGAAGCAGCUAUUCGAGUAUGAUGAAGUCCUGAACAGCCAAAGGGAUCGUGUGUAUACAGAAAGAAGGCGGGCUCUUGAAUCUGAUGACCUACAGUCUCUUCUUAUAGAGUAUGCUGAACUGACAAUGGAUGACAUUCUGGAGGCAAAUAUUGGUCCUGAUACUCCAAAGGAGAGCUGGGAUCUUGAAAAGCUCAUUGCAAAACUCCAACAGUACUGUUAUCUGCUGGAUGAUUUGACACCAGAUCUUCUUGGGAGCAAGUCUUCAAACUAUGAAGACUUGCAGAAUUACCUUCAUUACCGUGGUCGUGAAGCAUACUUGCAGAAAAGGGACAUUGUUGAAAAACAAGCACCAGGCUUGAUGAAGGAAGCUGAGAGGUUCCUAAUUCUGAGCAACAUUGAUCGGCUGUGGAAGGAACACCUGCAAGCGCUCAAAUUUGUCCAGCAAGCUGUUGGCUUGCGGGGAUAUGCACAGCGGGAUCCACUCAUUGAAUACAAGCUUGAAGGCUACAAUCUCUUCUUGGAGAUGAUGGCACAGAUUAGAAGAAAUGUCAUAUAUUCCAUAUACCAGUUCCAGCCAGUAUUGGUAAAAGAUCAAAAACAACAGAAUGACAAAUCAAGCAAACUCGUAUCAAAUGGAAGUAGCAAUAACAACCCCAACCCGGUUGGUCUUGCAGAGGCAUCUUCCUAGUCUUUGUGUUUUGAAGAUACCUACAUGGUCACAUGGUCCUCUCAUCAAAAAGAUGAUUUUAUACGGAUUGAAAGGCCAAAAGGGAAAUAUAAUUGCUUCAUCGAGAUUUUGUAGAAUUGGAGCUUGGAUAUAUUUCAUUGAUGAAUGUAGAAAAAAGGUGGCAAUCCAAGCUUUUUAAGCUGAAGAGGUCAACCUGUUGUACCAUAAUGAAACAUCAUUCAAAUCAUACGAAACUAGAUAAAUUAGAUGGGGUUCAUGGCCUUCAUGUAUCUGUUAUGUUUACUAAUGCCAUACCGCUUAAACGGAUUGAUCUGUUUACAUUACAGAGAUGUAUGGGAUGAAAUAAUCAUCCUGGUUUUUAUUGCUCUUGAGAAUUCCGGGAAGUGAUGGCAGUACUUUUUGACUGUAUUGCAACUGCCCAGAUUGGCCCAGAUCGUUCAUUCGUUAGCUCUUAUUUUUUUGAGCAGGAAGAAAAGAAAAUAGAAUUAAAUUAGCUAUA